AUGAUGAAAGAUAACUUUAAAUCUAUUGCCUAUCUUAUUUAGAAACUCAAAUCAGCAUUAAUAACAUAUACUAACAUUUUACUCUAAUAAAUUAAAAGUAGAAAUAUUGAAUCAAAUUAAUAUUUGGAAUAUGCAAUAAUAUUAAUUCAAAAAAUACUAAAUCCGGAAUUCUAUCUCAAAGAAUAUAUUAAAACUAUAUAUUAAAAAAAAAAUGCAUACAAUUAUUUAAAUUAACUAAAAAUAUCCUGA